ACAAGUGUUUUACCAACCAGAUUGGCAGGUAAAGAAAUAACGGGAAGAUCAUUAUAACGUCAAAGUUAAAUUGAUAUAACGGAUAUGGUAAAGAUUGCAGUGUUAGGAAGCGGUCUUUUGGGUACGAAAAUAGCAGGAGAAUUUGCUUAUCAUGGACAUAGAGUGAAAAUCUAUUCAAGUCAUUUGGAAUCCUUAAAUACAGUCUUUCAACGAAUGGAAGAAGAUAAACAACAAUUAAGACAAGAUGGAAUUCUGCUGAAUAGAAAUUUCAUUGGCCAAGUUUUGUGCAUGAGCAGGCUGGAAGAAACCGUGAGUGAUGCUGACUUUGUCUUUGAGUGCAUUCCUGAAGAUCUAGAAAUGAAGAAGGACUUGUUUGAAAGAGUGUCACAUCUAUGCAGACCAGAUACAUUAAUUGCAACAAAUACACUGAGGUUAAAUGUAACAGACAUUGCUGAUAGAACACUUAACAAGGAGCGGACACUUGGUCUCCGGUUCCUUUAUCCAGUCUACUGUAUACCAGAAGUUGAGAUUACACCAAAUAAGUACACAUCAGGACAGGUCAUUGAAAAAGUGAGGAGUAUAUUAGAGAAGAUGGGGAAAACACUGUUUUUUCGAUCAGGAUCAGAACCACUGAUACUAACUGAAGACCAGAGAGAUGAAAGGAAAAAAGCAAGGAGAGAAGACAUGAAAUUAAAUUCUGGUAUGGGCACGAGCUAUGUGCAUGGUAUACCAAAUCUUAGACAGACUAUUGCUGAUAGUGCAACUGCGCAUCAUGUAUCAGAUAAUAGAGUUUCAACAGACAGUGAGAUGGAUUGUGCAAUAUGUAUGGAUAAACCAAGAGACUGUGUUAUGAGACCAUGUCAUCAUAUGGUUACAUGCUAUAUGUGUGCAGCAAUGUUGAUUAAUAGGAGGGAUGGAUGUCCAAUUUGUAGAAAGGAUAUCACUGAAAUAAUACGUGUUUAUAGCGGCUAAGUGUUUUAUUAUGACAGACAGAUGCAGCUGUCUAGUGGACCACAAAGUAAUGCGACUGUCUGGUGGAUCACAGAGGGAUGCAGUUGUCUAGUGGACCACAGACAGAUGCUGUUGUCUAGUGGAUCACAAAGGGAUGUUCCACAGAUGGAUGCAACUGUCUAGUGUUCGACAGACAGAUGCAGCUGUCUAGUGUUCCAGAGGGAUGCAGCUGUUUAAUGUUCCACAGAUGGACGCAGCUGUCCAGUGUUCCACAGAUGGACACAGCUGUCUAGUGGACCAGAGAUGGACACAGCUGUCUAGUGGACCAGAGAUGGACACAGCUGUCUAGUGGACCACAGAGGAAUGCAGCUGUCUAGUGAACAUCAGAGGGAUGCAACUGUCUAGUGAACAUCAGAGGGAUGUAGGUGUAAUAUAUUGUAAUGACCUACACAUCUUUAUUGAUGAGGAUACCGGACUACUUAGGAAUAACCAGUAUUUGCACAUCAACAUAUCCUUUGAUGGAGUAUGCAAUUAGAAGUGUCUGUUGCAAAUUACACCAGAUUUGUUGAUUUUAAUACCUGCGACAACCUCUGUAGAUACGUUGAUAUUAGACCUUAGCUAUAGAUACAUCAUUAUAGAUAAUAUACAUUGGACAAAUCUUGUAGGUCCUAUUUAGUCAGAAUAUUGGAUUAUAACGUACAUUGUACAUACAUUACCAUCAGCCGAGAUAAAGUGCCUAUAUAGGAACACUCUUCUCUUCAUUUAGCUUUUUAAUAUUGCAACAUCAUAAUAAAUGGUAUAAUGCUUACAUAAUGUAAAAGUA